CGAAUUUCCCUGGAAACUUACAUUGUACACGUGUCAGCACGGCAUAUACUUUACCGUUUAACUACAACUGAUACGCUGGUUGAUUAAUGUCAGAGUGCCAGUUUAAUCAUGUACAGUGAUCAAGGAUGAAUAAAUUGCUGAUAACGAAUCAUUUAGUCAACUAGUCAGAUCUCCGUGAAGAAGAUGGAUGGUCACCAAUCUCUUCCUCUGGAACUGCUGAUCCGAAUCAUUUUAUUUUCUGUGUUUUAUGUAACUGAUGAUGCUGUUCCAUACUUCAGAAAGAUUCAGAAGGAGGAACAAUGGCUGUACAGAUAUCCCAGAAUGCCCAGCUACUACCCAGGACAUAUAUUAUGGGUGACUGUGUUUACCGUUCCUACUGCAGUGGUGUUGAUUUUUUUUUGGAUGCGAAGAGAUUGGGUGGAUGCUAAACAAGCCCUGUUGUGCUGUUUCCUUGCCAUUUUCCUGACGGGAUCUGUCACUAAUUUAAUCAAGCUGGGAGUGGGGAGGCCUCGACCGGAUUUCCUGGAACGUUGUUUCCCUGACGGCAAGAUACGAGACGACAUGAAUUGUACCGGUAGAUUGAAGGAUAUCAUCCAGGGUUAUAAAAGUUUUCCUAGCGGACAUUCCUCAUUUGCCUUUGCGAGCCUCGGGUUUUCUGCGCUCUACGUUGCAGGAAAGCUGCACAUUUUCAAUAGGAAUGGCCACGGUAAUUCCCUGAAGAUCUGUCUCUUUGCCUGUCUGUUGAUCUGGCCCACCCUGAUAGCCGUGUCACGGACCGCUGACUUUCAUCAUCACUGGCAAGAUGUGACUGUGGGCAGUGUCCUUGGAAUGACCUUGGCCUACUUUUGCUACAGACAGUACUAUCCAGCCCUAUCUCGUUCAGUUUCACACUUGCCAUGUAUUUCGCUUCCAUCAGAACGUGACCUCAUUCCUUCGUCACCCACUCACAUAAAUAACCCGACUGCCGUGGACUCGUUCUUAAAAAUGGUUUUGGUGCCAUCUACUGACAUGGAUGAAAAUAGUACAGAAAGAGGAACACCGUGUAUCGUCACCCAAGAAAGAGGAACACCGUGUAUCGUCACCCUAGAAAGAGGAACACCGUGUAUCGUCACCCUAGAAAGAGGAACACCGUGUAUCGUCCCCCUAGAAAGAGGAACACCGUGUAUCGUCACCCUAGAAAGAGGAACACCGUGUAUCGUCACCCUAAAAAGAGGAACACCGUGUAUCGUCACCCUAGAAAGAGGAACACCGUGUAUCGUCACCCUUGCCAUUGUCCUGACAGACAUACCACCCAAGUCCUCGGAACACAGACCCGAGUCCACCCUCUCACCUACCCCAGCGCCACUCAGCGACAGAUUGAGAAUGCCUGUUAGUCAGCAGACAAAGACAAAUUUUCCCGUCCUCAGCACCAAUGUUGAUGGAUGCUGCUCCUUACCGUCUGCAUCACGUGACGUACUGACCAAUCAGCAGACGUUUCCUGAUCCGGGCCUCUCUUCUCUCGGAAUGGAAGAGGAUCUUCCCAUACCCGACUUCACUCAUCUUCCCUCCAGCUUAGAGGAAAAUGACAUCCACCCGAACCCUCUGAGGUCCGCCAUCUUCCGGACUAUACUUAACAGCUACCCACAACUCAGCAGGAAGCUACAGAGAAGCCACCAUGUUGUUAAAAAGUUUCAGGAGACGCCUAGCAACCGGCCCACUUGUCUGUACCAGACUCCACUGACCUCCAAAGCUGCUGACGAUCUUGCCAUUGGAAACCUGGUUUCAGACCUCCUGGAUGAUGAGGGUGACCAUGGAUACGUCAGUUUCAACGACAACUCCUCCGUCAAUUCUUGUAGAUCCAUCUCGCCAAAUCCCUCUUCUGCUGAAAAACUGCAGCAGGAUAUAUUUGAUGAUGUCAUUGUGAAAAAUGAAUGUUUAAAAUUUGAGGACAUUUUCCAUCUUGAGUCCACAUUAGACGAUCUUUCCAACCCUUGUGACCUAAGUGUUACCAAGCCGGGGACCUCUGAUUCCAGACCUGUCCCCAAACCAGUCAAGUAUCAGUGUCCCAUCUGCGAGAAAAGCUACAGAGGAAACACGAACCUCAAUUACCAUAUGGCCACUCACACGGGUAUACGUCCCCACAAGUGUUCUGUCUGCGGCAAGGCAUUUACCCAGAAGUCCACACUCCGCACUCACUUCCGGAUCCACACCGGUGAAAAGCCGUACCAGUGCCGGACCUGUGCUCGUGCCUUCGCUGACUACUCCACGUGCAUGAAGCAUGAGCGGACACACAGUGGAGAGAAGCCAUACGCCUGUCCAGUCUGUGGGAAGUGUUUCGCCCAGUCCGGGAACAUGCUCCGCCAUCAACAGAUACACAGAAAAAGAACGGAAUUCAUAAGUGCUCAAUAAAAAUGCAACAUAGUGCCAAUAUACAUUUUCAGAAUCUCAUUUUUUGUUACACUUGCAUAAUUAAGCCACCUUAAGAAUUUAUGUAUUAUCUAUGUGUUCAGAUCUCACUACAUGUGCAGAUACAUGAACAGUUUGUGUAUUAUUUAGAUAUAUUCAGAUCUCAAUACAUUUAGAUACCUGUAUAAGUAGAAUUUUUAACGAGGAUUUAGAUUUGGCAUUUUUAGCGAAGGUGUUGAGAUCGCUAAACUUGAAUAUCACUUACAAUUUAUUCCCUAUCGUAGGUAAUAGUUAUUUUUUUCUAAAUUAUAAAAUCGCUAAAAUUAGUUCUCGUCACAGGCAAUUACUCUUUAUAUAGUAAAUUCGACCCCAAGCGAUGCAAUUGCCUGUGGUUCUCGUUGAAUAUAUAUCCAUUUUAAUGGAAAACUCGCUAAAUUUGUGUGUCGCUAAAAAUUCCACUUACAUGUAUACGGAGUAUGUUAAUAUUUAAUUACAUGAACAAUUUGUGUAUUAUAUCUAGAUAGUUAAAUAUCUCAUUUCCAAUACAUGAACAGGUUGUGUGUUAUUUAGAUGGGUUCAGAUAUCAUUGCAGAUAAUGCAUAUAUGCAUAAUCUCAUAACAGAUAAUGUUUAUGCAUAAUCUCAUAACAAAUCAUGUUUAUGCAUAAUCUCAUAACAGAUCAUGUUUAUGCAUAAUCUCAUAACAGAUCAUGUUUAUCCAUAAUAGUGUACAUGACUAAGUUGAUAUUUAGGUGCUUUGAGUUUAUUUUGUAUAAUAUAUAACUUUGAUGUUUUUAAUUAAAAAAUACCCGAGAAACAA